GUGUUUAAUGGUUUGAACUGGUUCACCACAUGGUCAUCGUUCAGGGACCCAUCCCCCUACUCUUUGGGCGGGGCUUACCUUUGAUCUUCUCCCCUCCCUCUACGCACACCUGGGUAAGGACGCUGUCACGCAAGCGGGUUUUGGUUGAAUGGAAUGGCUCUGGAAUGCUGCUCGACUUGAUCGGUGAUCGGUGUGCAUAUAUCAGCCUGAGCGGAAGGCAGCGGCCAGAGGAGCGGCAAAUCAUCCCCGGUGCUCAGAGACGGUUAUUUACACCUGCCAGGGAGGAGCGGAAGAGAAGCGAAGAGUUAAAGCAAUUGAAAGCAAUAAUGUCACGACAGCACUCGAGCAUUCUACCCGGCGAGGAGGCCUUUGCUGACUUCAAGAAGCAGUGUUUGUCCACCGAGAACUGGAUCAACAAGUACGACAGCGAUGGGAUGCAAGUGUGGAUCGAAGUCCAGAAAAACAGUGUUCCCAAAGUCCACAAGAUCAAGUGUAAAAUGGCCAUUAAAGACGUGUCCGCUGCCACCAUGUACGACGUCAUUCACGACGGAGAAUACCGUAAGAGGUGGGAUCCCAACGUGCUGGAGAGCUUUGACAUUGCCAGGUUGUCUGAUAACGCAGAUGUGGGCUACUACUCAUGGAUUUGUCCAAAGCCGAUAAAGAACAGAGAUGUUGUGACUCUGCGUUCGUGGCAGGUGACGGAUGAUGAGUACACUAUCAUCAACUUCUCAGUCAAACACCCGAAACACCCUCCUCACAGCCAUCUUGUGAGAGCGGUCUCCAUCCUCACCGGGUAUUUAAUCAAGCCCACAGGACCAAAUAGCUGCACAUUCAUCUACCUUUCACAAGCUGACCCAAAAGGUUCCCUUCCAAAGUGGGUGGUAAACAAAGCAUCCCAAGUCCUCGCUCCUCGGGUGAUGAUGAGCGUGCACAAGGCAGGGCAGAACUACCCGGCAUGGAAACAGCAGAACUCCCCCAACCUGAAGCCGUGGCUCCACCCAGAGCAGAGCACGCUCGCCACAAUAGACCCCGCUGAGCUGUCCAUCCAGAGAGCGGACUCACUAGAAAACGUGGAUGAACUCACCAAGCUGGAUGUUAUGGACAGCGAGAAUAGCAGCUAGGUCGCACGGAAGCAAAGGACAAGGGGGGCGCCAAAAAAGGGGAAACUGGGAAAUAGACUUCAUAUAUAAAAAGAAAAGACUCUGGGACUUCCAGUUUUAUGUGAAAUCACCCCAGUCCUUAAGUUUUCCACGUCGCUGUGCCUUAUUGAGAACAUGAAGUGUUUACAGCUGUUUUAGGAGUGCGGAUCAAGUUUCCAUUGGCCUGAUUGUGAACAGGGAUAGGGGUCUUUGCCUCUAAAGCAUCACGUUAUAACAGGUCCUCAACCAGGUUGUCACUUUACAUCCAUGCAGAAGUAAAAGAUAACAAGGCUAGCUGUUCACCAGUGACCUAUUUCAAUGUCUGACGUAAAACAAGAUCAAUAUAAAACUCUUAAAAAGCAACUUUUUUUGACAUGAGACACUUGAAAUAGUCACUUUAUUUUGGUAAAGUAAUGAAAAAGUAUAUUUUGUGUUAAUCUGAACAAAAACCAGUUUUUCAGCCUCAUGCAACUAAAUACCACGCUGUUGGAUUAAGCGUUUGUAUUGUGUCCUGGCUGCUGGUUAAUUUUUCACUAACAUUUUUUUUGCCUUUAAUAAAGAAGAAUGCUUAAAGCUUUGCUGGGAUUAACCCUAGCAGUUGUCCAAUGAGGAUGCUCUAAGCACACACAGGUGAUCACUAGCUUAAGAGGAUGACCUCUCCUUGUGAACGACGCUACCGUGUAAAUAUUUAUGUCUGACACUUCACCUGAGCAGAAUAGUGUAUUGUAUUUAUUUAUUUCUGUAAACUGAUGAAGGCAUGACGACUCUGUAAUGAAGCCCCACAGGCUGAGAGAAGUUUUUGUGAUUUUUUUUUUUUUAACCUUGCAGUUUUGGCAUUUAACAAAUAAACCGGACAAGGUUUAGACGUCUUUUUAA